AUGACGUUGGAGCUGACCUGUCCCGAGAUCCUGGAGGCCGGCCGCAUGUCCCAGACGAUUGGCGUCCACACGAUCCUGAACCCAUCCGACUCGAGAGAGCAGCAUGCUGGCCCCUCGUCAUCCGUACAACGACCUCUUGAGGGCGGCAGCUCGCCGUCCAGCACAGCAUGGCUCGCCGACUCCCGUCCGACCAACGCAUCUAGCGCUGAGUGCUACGAGGAGGAUCUUGACGCCGCGAUCUCCCAGGCCACCAAGCUUCAGUCGCUCUGCAACGCCGUCAAGCUAUGCCGACCCCCAGCCGCCACUUGGAAUUCCACCGCCUGCACUGAGUCGACCUGUGCCCUACACACCAGCGGGGCGGGUGUUCGAGGCUCCGAGGUACAGCCUCAUCUUACGCUCCAGACGAACACCGGCGAACAUAUUACGGUGCCACUGGACGUUCACCAGGGAUCGAGACAGGCUGACGAGAAGCGACACCGUAAUGCGGGUGCCUCUGCAAGAUUUCGAGCUCGGAAGAAAGAGCGGGACAAGGACAUGAGGGAGACCCUGCAACGUCUGGAGGCCGAGAACAGGGAAGUGAGCAGGCUUGCCCAGGAGCUACAGGCGGAAUCUGACUUCUACCGCAGCGAGAGGGACAGACUGCGAGAGCUUGUCCUGCGGACUCCGGAGAUCAGGGAGCAUGCAGAGCGUGGGCCCCCAAGCCCUCGCUCUGCGCAUGUUGCGCCCAGUCCGGCACGGCCUGCAGAGGCCUCCUUUGCAAGCUCUUUCGCCGUCGGCGCUAAUCCUCCUACGGCUGCCUCUCCAUCUCCAAUGAUGCAGCAGCAGCAGCAGCAGCAGCAGCAGCAGCAGCAUCCACCACCGUAUUCCGGCGACCUGGAAAGACCGACACGACGGCGACGGACAGACCCUCCUGCAGCUGAUUUCGAAUCUGUUCUGUAUCCUAUCCGAUCAGCCCAGCAGCCGACGAGCACCUUGCCUCCCAUCGUCACCCAGGGGCUUACCACACCUGUGACCUCUGGUCCUCCAAGCGCGAGACUCCCUCCGCUACGCUUCGACCAGCCCGGUGCCUCUCCAACCGCAGCUCAGACGACGCCUGGAGGCUUUGGACCACAGCCCUCGCAACAACCGCCUCUUCAGACCCAAUUCCCACCACAAUACAGCAGACUACCACACGAGACAGGCUGGGCGACCGGGGCUAGGGAGCAACAAGAUAACCAGCGCCCAUCCCCUGGGCCUUCUGGGCUCUAA